CAUGUUUUAAUUCUACUUGUUUCUUCAAUCUAUAAUCUAAACAAUCCAGAGAUUUAUGUGGAAAUAAAUAUGGAGGCAAAUCUUAGAAUGAGUUAUUGAAAGCUAGCCAAAGAGUGCCUUAAACUAGUGUUCUCCCUAACAAGUGAAAAUGAGACGAACUCUGGUAAACAAUGCUUUUCUCUUUACUCAGAACCUUUUUCACCAUCCAAACUCUAACCCAUCAUUUGUCCCACUCGCUGCUUCGAUUAGGAGUCCUCUCAGGCUCUACUCUUGUGACUCAAAUGACUCCUCCAAAGACCAAAGCCUCCCUGCCCCUGUGCUGAAUCCCCCUUGGCAGCUCAAACCCAGAAGAAGGAGGUGUCUCUCGAUCUCCAGGAUGUUAGUAACAAAGAUGGGAUGGUCGUUUUUGUCAGAGCUGAAAAUGCGGAUACAGAAAUAUUUUAAAGGUGAUGAAGAGACUUUGCCAGCUAUUCUUGAAGCCAAAUUGCAGAGGAGGUUGACAGGGAAGCAUGAUGAGACAGACGAUGAGUUGGUUGAAGAAUUGCAGAUGAAGCCAUUGGAUGAUAUCAAAGACAAAGAGUUUGAAUCGGAUUUUGAGGAGUUAUAUGAGACUGAUGAGGAGAUUGAUGAUUUGUACAAUGCAAGGGAUUAUGUUAUGAAGAAGAUGGUGAAAGAUGAAUAUUUCAACAUGGAUAAGAAGAAGUGGGAUGAGAUGAUUAGCGAAGCAGUUCAGCAUGGGUAUUUGAGAGACACGAGAGAAUGUGAGGAAAUUCUCAAGGAUAUCUUAGCUGGGACAAGCUCCUGCCAGAAAACUGUGGAGGAGAAGUUCAUUGAACUUCUGGGUAUGUGUGAGAGAGGAGAGCUUGAACCUGAACAAGCAUAUGAGCUGUUUAAGGAGUUAGGAUGGAAUAGUCUUAGAAUACAUGAAAUGGUUUGAUGCAGAGGGUCCCCCACAGUUUGAUUUAUCUGCAGUACUGGACACGAAAAAGAACAUUGAUGACCCUCCAGGGGAGGGGCCAAUCCUUAGGUGGCAAACACGGGCGGUCUUUGCUCCUGGUGGUGAUGCUUGGCAUCCCAAAAACAGAAAAAUAAAAAAUGUCUGUCACUGUGAAAGAGCUUGGACUUUCGAAACAUCAAUUCUGUCGGCUGAGAGAACUGGUUGGGAAAAGUUAUCAACCAGGUAAAGAUGAGCUCACUAUUACCAGUGAGAGGUUUGAACACCAAGAGGAAAACCGAAAAGAUUGCCUUAGAGCUAAUCUUUUCCCUGAUUGAGGAAGCUGGGAAAGCAAACAAGAUGGCGGAGGAUGCCCAAACUUCUUAUGUGAAGGACAAACUCAGAGCUAAUCCAGCAUUCAUGGAAAGGUUGUGUGCCAAGACAAUGAGAUCACAAAGAUCUAAUUCUGUGUGAGUGCAUGAGGUUAUGAAUAGCAAACACAUGGAGAAAUAAACUUCCAGGUUGAGGACUUCCAAUUUCUGGGUAUUAAUUUUGCAGCAGUUUCUGUUCUCGCAAGCAUAGAGGCAAAACAUCUUUCCCCUACUUCAUGCCGUCAGCAAUAUACAUUGUCAUAUGUUGUGGCUGAUUAACCACAGAGAUACUUGUUUUUUGUUAGCAUUAGUGUGUGCUGCUUCAUAAUUUGUUCUUAUGUUAAAAAGAUUCUUCGAUGUAUUUAAUUAUUCUAAUAUGAAUUUUCAUCAAGGAGGUGCUAAAAGGGCACAAGAUCUUGAAAAGUUGCCAAGUUUGGUAAA